ACUAAUUCUGGUAUCUCUGAGGGGUCUAUAAAAAGGGGAUAGUAUUCCCUAGAGUCUGUGACAGUACUAUAUUAAAUUACUAUCAAUUAAUUAUCAACUUAGAUAUCAUUUAAUAAUGACUGCCUCUUUAAAAAAGACUGAUUCUGCCAACGUGUCAAUAAUUUCCACCCAAUCGUCAAUUAGCUCAAUAAAAUCCAAGACAAAGAGUAUAAUCGGAAAGUUCAAGGGGAAAAGAAAGGAAUCGACCCAUUUGGGAACUAUCGUUGAAUACUUGGCCAUCAGGUAAAGAAGAUGCGAAUUUACUUUGGCUAGAUUUAGAGAGAACCCCCUGAUCGUCAAUGCAAGCUGCUGCUUCCUUGCGUGGGUUCUUUGCUUCUAAGCCACGUCAAAGAAAGGCGUGGAAGAUGCAGAAUCAUGGAUUCAGUGACGACCUAAAGUUUUAGAUCCACUACUGGAUAGUUGGUAUUUGCCUAUGUUUUAAUAGCUUUGUUUGUAAUGUUAAUAAUGUAUAAGCCUUAACGCGUUAAAUACAAAAUUUUCGCGCCUUCGGUGUU